AAAUAACAUUAACAUUGAAGUGAAAGUAGAAUUAAGCAAUUUACAUGCAGAGUUUAACAAUCUAACCAAUAUUGGCCAAAGAUUUACAAAUCAUGAACAUCGAGGCAACAGCUGCCGAUGCAGACAGGGAUGCUGCUGGCGAGAGGAGCAGAACAACAACAAAAAGCGUAUCCACAGAGGAGGAUUGGAUACGCUUAUCACAAUGGAUGCAUUGCAUCUGUGUUGUCACCUUCGAUCUGAAUCUAGGCCAGGCGCUGGAAUACGUUUAUCCGCCGUCAUUUAUGCCCACAGAACAGGAGGUGAGCAACAUUUGCUACAUGGCCUUUCCCGACUCCAAUUCCGGUUGCAUGGGCGACACCAAGUUCCAUAUGCGUCUCCGUGCGCUAAACACCGCAAAACACAAAACACCGACAACGAUGCUACACUACAACGGAGAUUGUGCGCCAGCAAUGCGCUACGACAGCAGCCACUAUUGGGGCUUCGUUUAUUUUCGCCAGAAACGUGAUCCCAAUUUGCCGCGCGGCUACUUCCAGAAGAGUCUAAUUAUCAUCACACGUUUGCCCUUCUUCAAUCUGUACUAUGAUGUACUCGCCCAGCUUGCGCCCAAAUAUUUCGAAGAGGGCAACGGGCUGCUCCACAGAGCCUGUCAACAGAUCAACACCCAGUGGCCGUUGUUGUUGACUGGAACGAUGCUUAAGUUGCCACUACUGGAGUGUGACUAUCAGAUCUGCAUACCCAAGGCCAGUAGCAGCACUCGCAAAUUGAAUUCCACCAAUCAGCAGCAGCUAGAGAUGCAACAACAACUGCAACAGUCGUCGUCGUCGUCGUCGCCGCCAGAGAUGCCCAAAUCGGUUAAGGUGCUCGCUUCCGUCAACGAAUUGGAGCUAUUUCAUAGUCUCAGCUUUGUAAUGGAGCAUCUGUAUACGCUGUGGGAGCUGAUAAUUACGGCGGAACCGAUUGUCGUUGUGGGUACCUCACCGGCAGAUUGCUCACACAUGGUUCAGGCACUGGUUGCGUUGAUAGCACCACUCGAAUACUGUGCCGAGGCGCGUCCAUAUUUCACAAUACACGACAGCGAAUUCAGGGAGUUUACACAAGAGUGCGUCAAUCGUUCCAUACCAGCUGUGAUUCUGGGUGUCACAAAUCCGUUCUUUGUCAAAUUGCUCAAAGAUUGGCCGCACAUGCUGCGCUUGGUGGACAAUCAGAAGAAUAUGCAGCAGCAGCAACAGGAGCUGAUGCAGUUGCACAAGAAUACGCGAAACGCGAACAAUUCAAAAUUGCCGCCUCCGCAGCCGACUGGCAACAACCACAACAUUUUGAAUGGCAGCCUGAGUGCAGCUGGGGACAAUUCCAUCGCUGGAUUGCACAGCAAGUAUAGGCCAUUUUUGAAGAAGGAUAAGGCGCUGAUUAAGAAGGUGCUGCUUGGCAUGAAGACGAAACGACCGGAUCAUGUGCAGACGGCUCUAAUCCGUCGACAUCUAUUGGAGCUGACGCAGAGUUUUAUGAUACCGCUGGAGCGUUAUAUGGCAUCGCUGAUGCCAUUGCAGAAGGACAUUAGUCCAUUCAAGUCGGCGCCCAAUGCCAGCUCAUUUAAGCUGGAUGAUUUUCUGGCCACACUCGAAACGGCUGGCCCACAGCUCACGUCCACUCUCAAGGGCGAUUGGAAGGGACUCUAUAGGCGUUUCUUUCGCUCAUCGAAUUUCCGUGGUUGGUAUGAGUCGCGGCAUCGGGAGCUGCAGCUAACAUUGCAGGAUCUACAGCUGCAGGCGCUUUCUGAAGCCAAUCUGGAGCACUGGGCGCACGACAAGCAGGAGGUGGAAAUAAUUGAUAUGAUACUCAAAUUGAAACAAAAACUGAAUCUCUACAGUGAUAAAACACAGGUGGAGGCCAAUGCGAAUAUGACCCAGCGGCAGAUACGAGCCCAAAUUGAAUGCAUGAAGGGACUGCUGCCCUCCGAUUUGAAGAAUGUUGUGAAUCUUUGAUCGUUUGUGUGUGCAGAGUGCGCGUUAGCUAAAUAAAAAU